UCAGAGCAGAUGGAUACACCCUUAUGAGCUGAGUGACACUAACAAGGUUUUGAUAGUGGAUGAGAGUGAAGUGAUGGAUAUAGUGGAUGGAUAUGGAGGAUAUGGGUGUCAGGCAUCCCGAGGCCUUUCAUCAGAGCAGCCGGCAGACUACCACAGCAGGAGAAGAAAACACAGGUGAACUGGCACCAUGAGGCUCUCGUCAGCCGGGACAGCACUCAUCUUCCUUCUUAUUCAAGGAGCAUCAAGAGCCUGCACAGUGAAGAAACUGGGCAGCAGCACAGGAAGAUUUGCCAACGCCACAUUAGUGCGGCUAUCUGAGUUUUUGAGUGCGGGAUAUAAGAAGGGAGUGAGGCCAGUGAAAGACUGGAGGACGUCCACUAUAGUGGCCAUAGACCUCAUGGUUUACUCCAUCCUCAAUGUGGAUGAGAAGAACCAGGUUUUGACAACAUAUGUGUGGUACAGACAGUCAUGGACGGAUGAAUUCCUGGUGUGGAACCCAGAAGACUUUGAUGAAGUCAAACAAGUUUCUUUACCUACCAAUAAUGUGUGGGUGCCUGACAUCCUCAUCAAUGAGUUUGUAGAUGUGGGGAAGUCUCCAGACAUACCUUAUGUCUAUGUGACACAUGAUGGACUGGUGCGCAACUAUAAACCUAUCCAGGUGGUCACAGCCUGCACUCUCAACAUCUACAACUUCCCGUUUGAUGUCCAGAAAUGCAGCCUCACCUUCCAGAGCUGGCUACAUACCAUUGAUGACAUCAACAUCACCCUGAUGCGAAGCCCUGAGGAGCUCAGGGAGGACAAGAGUGUCUUCAUGAACCAAGGAGAAUGGGAGCUGCUUCAUAUACUGUCCAACUACAAGAUCUUCAGUGUGGACAAUGAUGACUAUUAUGCUGAGAUGAAGUUCCAUGUGGUGAUCCGACGGCGGCCGUUGUUCUACACUGUGAACCUGCUGCUGCCCAGUAUCUUCUUGAUGGUGAUGGACAUUGUGGGUUUCUAUCUGCCACCAGACAGUGGAGAGAGGGUUUCCUUCAAGAUCACUUUGCUGCUGGGCUACUCUGUCUUCCUCAUCAUUGUAUCUGACACUCUGCCUGCCACCGCCAUAGGAACCCCACUGAUAGGUGUGUACUUUGUGGUUUGCAUGGCCCUGCUGGUGAUCAGCCUGACAGAAACCGUGCUGAUUGUGCGUCUGGUCCACAAGCAGGACCUGCAGCCCCCUGUGCCCCACUGGCUGAAGUACUUGGUGCUGGAAAGAGCUCCAGUCCUCUUCUGCAUCCACAAGAAGCACCGCCUCUGCUCCACACUGUCCUCCCAGGGCACCGACCUGGAGCACUACAAAGACAACAGCUAUGGGACUGCCCAGUGCACCCUGCACCACACCUGUGAGAUAGGCCGAAGGCUCAGCCACCAUGACAGAGAAGGCGGGCUGCUGGGACUGGGCCUGGCCCCCUCCAGGGACCACACCCCGCCUGUCAUGGACAACAUCCUGCAGGAAGUGACAGCGAUACGCCACUUCCUGGAGAAGAGGGACAGGUGCCGGGAAGUUGCCAAGGAGUGGCUGCAGGUCGGCUACGUGCUGGACGUGCUGCUCUUCAGAGUUUACUUGGUGGCUGUGGUGGCCUACAGCAUCACACUGGGCACGCUGUGGUCAGUGUGGCAGGUCGCCUGAGUCUCAGCGCUGUACUGCUGUGGACACAAGCUCAGUGGGUGGAGCGUUGAAUUCAAAAGGCCAGAGAUAGUGGCUUUAUGCCCUGCGUUGCUCAGAGGAUACAGGGAGGCACUCGCAUAGUAAUGGAACAGGGAAAGGCUUGUAGCUGGGGCCUAUGUACAAAGGUUAAUUAACCAACUACGUUUGCCACUAUAUCCCUACACAUUUUAUUAUUAUAAUUACCAUAAUUUUAGGUAGGUUUAGAGAGUGUUGAAGUCCCAUGAUGCGAUUGCAACCUAAGAAGUUUUCAGGGCCAGCCCAAGGCUUUUUGAGAUGCCCAGGCAGAAAUGCCCCUAGACACUUAUAAAUGCAAUUAUUAUUUGUCAUUAUGAAGGCUUAAAAGGAUAGCAGUAGUGGUAACACAACAGACAUAGAUACUUUAGCUAAGGGAACCACUUUAAUGAUGUCAGCCCAUCUCCCUAUAAGACAAACAAACAAAGAUGAAUAUACAAUAAAAUCAACAAACAUCAACCAAUACAUUAACCUGGUAAAACGUAACUAUCUGCUAAGUAUAAUGUAUUUUUUUUUUAUAUAAAGUGCAAAUAUACAUUUAUUUACUUAAACUGUGUGGAAAA